AUGAUAAUUAGUUUAAGAAAUAUUUCGAUAACAAUAUUUUUGAUAAUCUCGAUAUCAGGAGAAAAUUGUGAUGGUCCAUUAUGUUCUCAUGUUUUUGAUGAAGUAUGUGGGAUGGCGGAGUUAAAAGAUGGUACUCAGAUAAUAAAGAGAUAUAAAAAUUUCUGCUAUAUGAAGGCAAUGGAGUGUGAACUGAGUUCUGUAAUGGAAAUUAAUCAAGUAGCUGACGAUCUUUGCGGUAUAAAAAAAAUACAGACCCGUCGCGAAAUGGAUCAUACUUUAACCGGUGCAAUUCAGGUCUGUAACCACUCGUGUCCCCUUUCCUGCACUGAAGUAUCUGAUCCUGUCUGUGCAAAGAUCUGGAGGCGAUAUUCAACACUGCGUAGUUCAUAUAGACCUUUUAUUAACCAUUGCCAUGUUGAUUUGUUUUCCUGUACUACCGGUUUAAAUGUAACAAUUGUGCCUAUAUAUUCAUGCUACGGGAGUCCCAGAGUUCUUACGUUCUUGGAACACAUAGCUAUAAUGAAAUACUUAAAUAUUAUGGACUGA